AUCUAGGACUAGUUUAUGCUUCGUGGUUCUGUUCUAAUUUAAGUUCUUUCUAGGCAGCAUGGGCACUAGGAGUGGGGCCCAAGUCAUUGGCCAGAAGCAGAUGGGUUCAGAGAAACAAUGGGCUCUGUGCUUGGAUGCCUAACCAGUGAUGACUGAGAACAGUUUCAGUUAUGUCUGUCUGUUUUGUUUUAUGCAUGUAAGUUAAAACUACCACCCUUAUUUUUAUUAACUAAAAAGAUGACUUGUUUGUGUCACUAAAAAUGGUUUGGUUUGGUUCCAAAUUGAACCCACACUUCUAGCACCCCAAUACAAUGACUUUGCACCUACCUCUCUCCCUAUUUAAAACUUCAAUACACUUCAUUGUGAGUGUAUUUUAAUCUUCUUUAUCUUCAUUCAUUGGUUCUCUCUAACCAACCCUCUCUUUUCCUAAAUCCUAAUUAAACACCCCUCAACCAAAAAAAGCAUGAAGAAGCUCAAUCUAAUACUCAGUAAGUGCAAGAACUUGUCAAAGCAUCUAGGAAGAUCUUCAUCAUUUAAUAGCCUAAGGUCCAAGUUUGCUAAGGAAGACUUAUGGGAAGGAAAUGGCAUGCAAGAAGGUGAACAUUGUGAAACUGUAUUUGUUGGCAGCACAAGGAAACGGUAUGUGAUAAGCUCCAAGUAUUUGAACCAUCCUCUCCUCAAAGCUCUCAUCAACAAUUCCAAGCAAAAGGGCAGUGAUGAAAGUGUUUUGGUGGUCAACUGUGAGGUGGUUCUCUUUGAUCAUCUACUGUGGAUGCUAGAAAAUGCAGAUCCUAAGUUUGGUUCUGACUCUUUGGAGGAAUUGGCUGAACUCUAUGUGUUUUAAGAGCUUUCAAAGUGCUAAUUGCAUGCAGAUGCCUAAUGUAUGAAAAUAUGUAUGUUGGGUUGUGCUUGCAUUUUUCAGAAUGUUAUUGUUAAGAGUCAUUUUUGUUUCCUUUAUUAUACCUUGAUCUCUAUGGUGCGUUAAACGAUUAUGUAAUUGCAUAGCUGGUUUCUGUUCUAACUCAUGGUUUUCAAGAGCCAUAUGCUAAAUUAAUGCCAUGAAAUCAUUGGUUUAGGUAAU